CAGGCGAGCAGUCCCGUUAAGUGGAGGAGCCAGGCCAUGGCGGUGAGCGUGAGGAGGCUGCUGGCCGCGAUGCUAGCGGUCGCCGCAGCCGCCACCUUGCGGGCUGCGGCGGCAGAGUCUGAGCCCGGAUGGGACGUGGCAGCCCCUGACCUGCUUUACGCAGAGGGGACCGCGGCCUACGCGCGCGGGGACUGGCCCGGGGUGGUCCUGAACAUGGAGCGGGCGCUGCGCUCGCGGGCCGCCCUGCGUGCCCUCCGCCUGCGCUGCCGUACACGCUGUGCCACCGAACUGCCGUGGGCACCGGACCUGGAUCUCGGUCCGGCCCCCAGCCUGAGCCAGGACCCGGGAGCCGCCGCCCUGCAGGACCUGCGCUUCUUCGGAGCGGUGCUGCGCCGUGCCGCCUGCCUGCGCCGCUGCCUCGGGCCGCCCUCUGCCCACUUGCUGAGUGAAGAACUGGACCUGGAGUUCAACAAGCGGAGCCCGUACAACUACCUGCAGGUCGCCUAUUUCAAGAUUAACAAGCUGGAGAAAGCUGUGGCCGCCGCACACACCUUCUUUGUGGGCAAUCCUGAGCACAUGGAGAUGCGGCAGAACCUUGACUAUUACCAAACCAUGUCUGGGGUGAAGGAGGCAGACUUCAAGGAUCUCGAGGCCAAGUCCCAUAUGCAUGAGUUUCGGCUGGGGGUACGACUCUACUCGGAGGAGAAGCCACAGGAAGCUGUGCCCCACCUGGAGGCGGCACUGCAAGAGUACUUUGUGGCCGAUGAGGAGUGCCGUGCCCUCUGCGAAGGGCCCUAUGACUACGACGGCUACAACUACCUAGACUACAGCGCUGACCUCUUCCAGGCCAUCACAGAUCAUUACGUCCAGGUCCUCAGCUGUAAACAGGGCUGUGUCACUGAGCUGGCUUCCCACCCAAGUCGGGAAAAGCCUUUUGAAGACUUCCUCCCUUCGCACUAUAAUUACCUACAGUUUGCCUACUACAACAUUGGGAACUAUACACAAGCUAUUGAAUGCGCCAAGACCUACCUCCUCUUCUUUCCCAAUGAUGAGGUGAUGAGCCAGAACCUGGCUUAUUACACAGCCAUGCUUGGAGAAGAAGAGGCGAGCUCCAUCAGCCCCCGGGAGAAUGCCAAGGAAUACCGACAUCGAAGCCUGUUGGAGAAAGAACUGCUUUUCUUCGCUUAUGACAUUUUUGGAAUUCCCUUUGUGGAUCCGGACUCAUGGACUCCAGAAGAGGUGAUUCCCAAGAGACUGCAGGAGAAACAGAAGUCAGAACGCGAAACUGCAGUCCGCAUCUCCCAGGAGAUUGGCAACCUUAUGAAGGAGAUCGAGACCCUCGUGGAGGAGAAGACCAAGGAGUCCUUGGAUGUGAGCCGACUGACACGGGAAGGUGGUCCCCUGCUGUAUGAAGGCAUCAGUCUCACCAUGAAUUCCAAAGUCCUGAACGGCUCCCAGCGGGUGGUGAUGGAUGGUGUGAUCUCUGAUGACGAGUGCCAGGAGCUGCAGAGACUGACCACCGCGGCAGCAACUUCGGGAGAUGGCUACCGAGGUCAGACCUCCCCGCAUACCCCAAAUGAAAAGUUCUAUGGUGUCACUGUCCUCAAAGCUCUCAAGCUCGGGCAGGAAGGGAAAGUUCCUCUGCAGAGUGCCCGCAUGUACUACAACGUGACAGAGAAGGUGCGGCGCGUCAUGGAGUCCUACUUCCGCCUGGACACACCCCUCUACUUCUCCUAUUCCCACCUAGUGUGCCGCACUGCAAUAGAAGAAUCACAGGCUGAGAGGAAGGACAGUAGUCACCCCGUCCACGUGGAUAACUGCAUCCUGAAUGCUGAAGCCCUCGUGUGUAUCAAGGAGCCCCCAGCCUACACGUUCCGGGACUACAGCGCCAUCCUUUACCUCAAUGGGGACUUCGAUGGAGGAAACUUUUACUUCACUGAACUAGAUGCCAAGACUGUGACAGCAGAGGUUCAGCCCCAGUGCGGAAGGGCUGUGGGAUUCUCUUCUGGCACCGAGAACCCACAUGGAGUGAAGGCUGUCACCAGGGGGCAGCGCUGUGCCAUCGCCCUGUGGUUUACGCUGGAUCCUCGGCACAGCGAGAGAGACAGGGUGCAGGCAGAUGACCUGGUGAAGAUGCUGUUCAGCCCAGAAGAGGUGGACCUCCCCCAGGAACAGCCCCCGCCUGGCCAGCAGGGCUCGCCAGAGCCUGGAGAAGAGCCUCUGUCAGACAGAGGGUUGCUGCGCAAGGAUGAGCUAUGACAGCAGCUAGGUCACAGUUGGGUGUCCUUGGACUCGUGGGGGUGACUCAGUCCUGCAGCCUGGACUUCCCAGCCCCUCAAGGCUGCAGAGUGAGGGGCGCUUCUGUUGGCCGCCCAGCCAGAGGAUCCUGUCCUCAGCCUCCUGCAUGGUGCUACUGUUCUUGGAGUGGGCAUGGCAGGACACACUCUUCUCUGGGCUCAGCUGAGGGCUCAGGAUGCAGGCCCAGAACCACCCUGGGGCCUAUGUAGGCAGCUGCCAUCAGCAGCGUGAUAUAUUUAAGUGUCUGUAUAGACAACCAAAGAAUAAAUGAUUUGCGGUUUUUUUUCAUUUAGUGGUUUGUUCCAAGAGAGAAAAUGUUUCCAUUCUUCCCCAGAUGCCGAGCUUGGUAGCAGCUACUCUGGGUAGUGUAGCAUGGCACAUGCCAUACGAGAAUUCCUCUGUAGCCUCCGGCCAAAUAACCCAGGUACCUUGGGCUGUUACCAUAGAAGGGACAUCUUGGUCCUCACUGCCUACCUUCUGUGGGAACUGGGUAUCCCAGAUACAGCACCCAGUAUGGCAGCACUUCAUCAACUUUAAAGCUUUCAACAUCUAGAUUGUUACUAAUCCUCUUCUGGCAGAGAGCAACAGUCAGUGCUGCUCUGGCACGGCAGCCGCAGGCUUCCUGCUUGGCUGGCUGGCCUCAGAGCCUGCACCUGACUGGAGAUUCAGCUCCUCCAGCCUCAUAGCUGGCGCGAAGCCCACUGCCUUCAGCACUCCUGAGAUGCUGUUGUACAGGGUAUAGGAACCUGCGUCUCAGCAGUCAUUGGUCAGUCGAACUAUUUAUUUAGUGAGCACCAGCUUGUUGCUGGGAAUAGGAGAGGGAGCAAAGCAAACCUGGGCCUCUCGGAGCUUGUAUUAUAUAGGGGAUACAUAAUAAAUGUGUAAAUAUGUA